AUGUUUUACUUAAUUGGGCUGGGGUUAGGUGAUGCUAAAGAUAUUACAGUAAAAGGCUUAGAAAUAGUAAAAAAAUGUGAUAAAGUACUUUUGGAAAGUUAUACCUCAAUAUUAACUGUAGGACAUACUGUAUUGGAAGAAUUCUAUGGAAGACCAAUUGUUUUAGCUGAUCGGGAACUUUGUGAAAGCUUUAUAGAUGAGUUCUUACAAGAAGCUAGGUUUAGUGAUAUAGCACUUCUUGUUGUUGGAGAUCCCCUAGGAGCUACGACACACUCAGAUAUGUUACUUCGCGCAAAACAAUUAGAAGUUAAAACGGAGAUAAUACACAACACCUCAAUUAUGAACGCUGUUAGUUGUUGUGGUCUACAAUUGUAUAAUUUUGGUGAAACUGUAUCAAUACCAUUUUGGACAGAAACAUGGAAACCAGACAGCUUUUUUGAUAAAAUACUUGGAAACUUUUCAAGAAAUCUUCACACUCUUUGUCUCUUAGAUAUAAAAGUUAAAGAGCCCACAGAAGAAUCAUUAACUAAGAAAGUACGCCAGUAUAUGCCUCCAAAAUUUAUGUCAGUGAAAGAAGCAGCAUCACAACUACUGGGGAUUAUUAAAAACAGGCAAGACUCAGAUUUGACUGAAGAUAGUUUAGCUGUGGGACUUUCAAGAGUAGGAGCACAAGAUCAAAAAAUCUCAGCGAUAAGUUUAAAGGAAAUGUCAAAUUGUGACUUAGGACCACCAUUACAUAGUUUAGUCAUACCAGCUAGAAAUCUACACCCUCUUGAAGUUGAUUACCUUAACCAAUAUAUAUAA